UUGGUGCAGCCCUGGCAUCAAUUCGUGAGAUUGCGUGACCCCUAUAGAGCAGCUGCUGCAGUAGCAAAUCUUUGGAAGCCAGUCACGAAAUGGGAUAGGGAAUGGCUGCUUGUUACUGCAGGUUGUAAGAUCAAUAAUGGCCUCCCGUGCUGGCCCUCGGGCAACCGGUUCAGAUGGAAGCGACUUUCAACAUCGAGAGAAAGUAGCCGGCCACUAUAAAAUGAGCGCUUCUUUAAAGAAUGAAAUCAAGAAACUCAUAUACGCCCACUUGAUUAUCUGGAUGCUGAUUGCUGCUCAGAUGUGUGUGUCUCAUCUCAAGUUGGUCUCCAAAGAUUUGGUAGCCAUGCCUUACCAAUGGGAGUACCCGUACCUCCUGAGCCUCGUCCCGUCGCUCUUCGGUCUGUUUUCUUUCCCUCGUAACAACAUCAGCUAUCUGGUGAUCUCCAUGAUUAGCACGGGACUCUUCUCCAUUGGCCCCCUCAUCUAUGGCACCUUGGAGAUGUUCCCUAUGGCACAGCAGCUAUACCGCCACGGCAAGGCCUACCGCUUCAUCUUCGGCUUCUCGGCCAUCUCGGUUAUGUACUUAGUCAUGGUGGUAGCCGUACAGGUCCAUGGCUGGCAGAUCUACUACAGCAAGAAGCUGUUGGACUCUUGGUUCACAAACACUCAGGAGAAGAAGAAGAAGUAACCAAACCCAAGUGACUCUUUUUAGGGCCAAGGUACAAGUAUGGGACAUUGCAAAGGUGCAUGGCAAGACGCAACUGUAAUAGUAAUGUGGAACAAGUAUUAAUAAAACCAAAAGCAAAAAUGGUGAAAUGAAAGAUUCCUUUCUAGCGCUGUCCUCCAGGAGUGUCCAACCUGCUGGCUUUCACUUGUUGAACUACAAUUCCCACAAUGCAUUAAUAGCCUUCAUUAGUUGAUAGUGGAAUUACUAGUUCAGCAACAGCUGGAGGCUCAGAGGUUGGAUACCACUGCAAUUAUUUGCCAUCUUUAGGGAAGAUUGUUUUCAGCAUUUUAUUGGGUUUUUUUUCUCCCCCAGCAGUGCAUUGAGAUACCACUGCAAACCUGGAGCAGCUUAUAUGUUGCAGGCCUUGGGUUUGUCCCAUUGAAUGCAGAGGCUAUAAAGGCCUCCAUCAAUGGACAGAUCUAAGCUACCAACAGAUUAAAUCUCCAGUUUAUUGGGCUGUGCAUGGGGCUUCCCCUAUCGAUAUCUGGCCGGCUAGAUGUUGAUCGGGCGGGUUUAAAAAUUCAGACUGAUCGAGGACCGCAGUGGUUCAUGAUGCAGUCCUCAAUUCGACUGCCCCUAUUCUUCCCGUUGUGAUCCAAUCAUAGGGCCCACAGUUGGAUCAGCCCAAUAUGGCCUACCUCAAAGUGGACAUAUUGGGGAGAGAUCUGCUCUUUGGCGAAAUCUCCCUAUGUAUGGCCAGCUUUAGUCUCCAUCAUCCCCAUUACAUAACUGGGCAGUUGCUGUUUAAAGGGCACCAAUCAUAACUUAAAUGAUUUACUGGAGAAGCAAAAGAUGGAUAAACCCUGCUGCUAGUGUUUUAUAUGGUGUCUUGUUUUUAUUAAAGGGUAAACGGCCCCUCUGUAAUUGAUUUGUGGAACCAUAUGAAUGGAACCUUACCAAGUGUCCUCGUGCAUGAGCCUUACACACCACAGGGUUUUUCUUUUUUUACUGGAAUGUACCCAGGCCUGUUUUCCUUUCCGCGUAUUUGUACCUGAUAUUUGCAUGCAGCGACGCGUGUACAAACUCUGUAACAUUAUUUGUGUGUUAAUGUGCCCUUCUAUGUGCUCCAUAUUGUAAACCUCUCGCAGGUGCAGCCAAGAAUAAAACCAACAAUUCUGAUGUAUAAAUCUCAA